CUACUAGUGAACUGCAGUCACCGGCUUGGCGCUGGAGGGUUCAGCAAGACGGUUACAGUAGGAGAGAAUAUUCCUAGAUUAAAAGUAGCCAGCUGUUGUAGGCGAGAAGCUAGGAGACUGCCCUCUAUGUUGUGGAACAACUUUCUUUGGAAGUGUUCGACAACUCACCUCUGGAGAUCUGGAUACCUCUUUUUCAGCUCAUGGAAUACAAAAACAAAGCGAAGCUAGACGUCAGGCCUGUGCGGCCAACUACAUUAGCUAGCUAGUUAGCUAGCUAGCGUUGAUUUCUUCAGCUAUUGACUGUAGCUAUUGACUAGGUGUUUGUGUGGCUGGCUAGCUAGCUAGCUAACUAGGUUCGUUAUAUUCAGCUGGCUAGCUUUAUGGCGUUGUUGUGGGUUGACACACGGGACUUGUUCGAUUCUAUAGCAGUUUUUUCCCAUUUUUAAAACUUUUUAGAAGUUAUUGCUACCUAGCUUGUUAUCCCUGACCUGAGCAACAUUCUGAUAUCCUUUGCUGAAAUCAAAGUUGAGCAGUGAGCGUGUUUUGAACCAAGCCAGUUGCGCUAGCAAAGCUAAUUUGACUGGCGUUCUGUUUGUUGAUCAAAUAGCUGUCAUCCAAGCUGACAAGCAACUGUGCUUGGAUCAGAGGGGACCACAUACAGGAGUAAGCCUUUUCUCAGCAACCACCGGCUCCCUCUUUUUGCGGCUGUUCUCUGAAGGAGCUGGCUACACGGCAGUGCCUGCCCAAUGGAGGAGCAUGACAACAUGGAUUAUUUUUACGAGCAGGUCCUGCAGAAAGACGUUACUCGCAGGCUGCAGGUCGGGCAGGACCUCAUCGAUUACCUGAACGACCCGGAGAGGUCUUGCGACGUGGAGCAAGACAAACCCCGGCUGGAUAAAACCAUAGACGAGUUGACCGGAUGGAUUAAUUCCAGCAACUAUAAGGUGGCGUUGUUGGGUAUUGACAUCGCCGGGGCGUUUGUCGAUCGUCUAGGGGAACGCUUUAGAGGAUACCUGGGGACUGUGGUUCCAGCGUUAGUGGACCGGUUGGGGGACAGUAAGGACCAGGUCAGAGAACAGAGUCAGGCUCUUAUCCUACGCUGCAUGGAGAACACCGCAUCGCCUAUGUAUGUGUGGGAGAGGUUGCUUCCUGGUUUUAAACAUAAGAACUUCCGCAGCAGAGAGGGAGUGUGUAUGGUUCUCUGCGCCACACUCAAUGCGUAUGGCGCCCAGCCGUUGAGCCUCAGCAAGAUUGUCCCGCACCUCUGCACUCUGACUGGGGACCAAAACCCACAGGUGCGUGAAGCUGCCACGGCCUCGCUCGUGGAUGUGUACCGCCACAUAGGGGAGAGAGUCCGAGCCGACCUGGGAAAGAGAGGCCUGCCUGCCGCACGGUUACAGACAAUAUUUGGGCGUUUUGAUGAAGCGUUGAAUUCUGGGAACAUGGCGCUUAGCCCCAGCCACGACCGUGGUUUUGAGGACGAUGCCGACAGCACGGACGGGAACCGUGCUCAGUCAGCCUUUAAAGUCCCCAAAGUCCCCAAGAAGCCGGCAGAGACUUCAGCACGAAGGCCCAGCGCCACCUUGUCCAAGAUUGGAGGUUCUUCUAAGGACGGAGCUGGGGGCAUUGAUGAAGAGGACUUUAUCAAAGCUUUCACUGAUGUGCCCACAGUCCAGAUCUACUCCUCUCGUGACCUGGAGGAUAACCUGAAUAAGAUCAGAGAGAUCUGUUCUGAUGACAAACAUGACUGGGACCAGAGAGCUGCCUCAAUGAAAAAGAUCCGCUCUCUGAUUGUUGCUGGGGCAACGGAAUAUGAAUGUUUCUACCAACAUUUGAGGCUGUUGGACGGAGCCUUCAAACUGUCCGCUAAAGACCUCCGAUCACAGGUGGUACGAGAGGCCUGCAUCACUGUGGCCCACCUGUCAACGGUUUUGGGUAAUAAGUUUGACCAUGGAGCCGAGGGUAUCCUUCCUGUACUGUUCAACCUCAUCCCCAACUGUGCCAAGGUUAUGGCCACGUCGGGGGUUUCUGCCAUACGCUUUAUCAUACGGCACACACACGUUCCCAGGCUCAUUCCUCUAAUCACCAGUAACUGCACCUGUAAAUCUGUGGCUGUUAGAAGGAAAUGUUUUGAGUUCUUGGACUUGCUGCUGCAGGAGUGGCAGACCCAGACGUUGGAGAGACACACUGCAGUAUUGGUAGCAAGCAUUAAGAAGGGAAUUGCUGAUGCUGACGCUGAGGCCCGAGUUGAGGCCCGCAAGGCCUACUGGGGCCUGAGGAACCAUUUUCCUGGGGAGGCAGAUGUUCUGUUCAACUCACUGGAACCAUCCUAUCAGAAAAGCCUGCAGUCGUCUCUCAAAAGUUCUGGAAGUGUUGCAUCACUUCCUCAGAGCGACCGCUCCUCUUCCUCGUCCCAGGAGAGCCUCAAUCGUCCUUUGUCAUCUAAAUGGUCCGCUGCUCCUGGAAGAGUCCCCGUGGGUCAAAAGGGCGGGGCUUCGUCGGGCUCCCUGCAGCGUUCCCGUAGUGAUGUGGAUGUUAAUGCAGCAACAGUUGCUAAGCAGCGGCACAUCGGGCAGGUGGGGGCAGUGAGACUGAGCCCCGGCUCCUACUCCUCAUUGGAUGAUGCCUCUGAUAAAACGGAUGGGGCCAGGUCAGUCAAUGGUCGUCUGAGGAACAAGCAGCCUCUCACCACGCCAGUCAACGUCAGCCAGGUGGACUCCCGGGGACGCACCCGUACCAAGAUGGUGUCCCAGUCACAGCGUUCCGACGAAUCUGAUUGCACGGCAGGAUCUCAGUCUGCUACCCCUGUUGGUGCUGGCAGCCGGAGUGGUUCGCCGGGCCGCGUCCUGACUAGCACCGCUCUGAGCACGCUGGGUUCUGGAGCCCAGAGGGUCCUAGCCGGGGCCGGAGGGGCGGGGACAGGCGGAAGACGUAGCCGCAUCCCUCGCAGUCAGGGAUGUUCACGAGACUCCUCCCCCACCCGCCUGUCGGUCGCUCCUUCCAGUAUUAGCUCUGUCUACAAUGGAGCAAGCAGAGGAGCUCGGGGCAGUCGUAUCCCUCGGCCCAGUAUGAGUCAGGGUUGCAGUAGAGAGGCCAGCAGAGAGAGCAGCAGAGACACCAGCCCUGUGCGCUCCUUUACACCCCUGGCGUCACGGCACUACUCUCGCUCUACUGGAGCUCUUCAUUCCGCUGAUGCUUUAGGGGCCACAGGUUCAGGAUACAGUAUCAGCCAGUCCAGUCGCCUGUCGUCGUCUGUCAGUGCCAUGAGGGUCCUCAACACCGGGUCGGACGUGGAAGAGGCCCUUGCUGACGCCCUGCUGUUGGGAGACAUGCGGUCUAAGAAGAAGCCAGCCCGGCGGCGGUAUGAGAACUACGGGAUGUAUUCAGACGACGACGCUAACAGUGACGCGUCCAGCGCCUGCUCCGAGCGCUCCUACAGCUCCCGGAACGGGGGCGCCAUCCCGACGUACAUGAGACAGACCGAAGAUGUGGCCGAGGUGUUGAACCGCUGUGCCAGUGCUAACUGGUCCGAGAGGAAGGAGGGUCUACUGGGUCUACAGGCUCUACUGAAGAACCAACGGACACUCAGUCGUGUGGAGUUAAAGAGGUUGUGUGAGAUCUUCACCAGAAUGUUUGCAGACCCCCAUAGUAAGCGAGAAUCCGGAUCUAGGGUCUAUGGAACCGCAGAAUCCGGUAUAAGCUCAGCCUCCUUCAAGAGAGUGUUCAGUAUGUUCUUAGAGACUCUGGUGGACUUCAUCCUGGUGCAUAAAGAGGACCUCCAGGACUGGCUGUUUGUUCUGCUCACCCAGCUCUUGAAGAAGAUGGGAGCUGAUCUGCUGGGCUCCGUGCAGGCCAAGGUCCAGAAAGCACUGGAUGUCACACGAGAGUCUUUCCCCAAUGACCUUCAGUUCACUAUUCUCAUGAGGUUCACUGUGGACCAGACUCAGACACCCAACCUCAAGGUGAAAGUGGCCAUUCUGAAGUACAUUGAGACAUUGACAAUGCAGAUGGAGCCUCGGGACUUUGUCAACUCCAGUGAGACGCGCCUGGCUGUGUCCCGCAUCAUCACCUGGACCACAGAACCAAAGAGCUCCGAUGUCAGGAAGGCGGCCCAGUCGGUUCUGAUCUCGUUGUUCCAGUUAAACACUCCCGAGUUCACCAUGCUGCUGGCAGCCCUGCCCAAGACCUUCCAGGACGGAGCCACCAAACUACUGCAGAACCACCUGAGGAACACCGGCAACGCUGCACAGGCUCCAAUGGGAAGCCCUCUGACACGUCACACGCCACGCUCUCCCGCCAGCUGGUCCAGCCCCCUCACCUCUCCCACCAACACAUCACAGAACACACCUUCACCCAGUGCGUUUGACUACGACACAGAGAACAUGAACUCCGAGGACAUCUACAGCAGUCUGAGAGGUGUUACCGAGGCCAUCCAGAACUUCUCCGUCCGCAGCCAGGAGGACAUGAACGAGCCGGUCAGGCGGAGAGAAGGAGAGGAGGGUGGUGGUACUGCUGCUGACCAGGUGGACGGAGGCCGUACUGCUCUAGAUAACAAGACGUCUCUCCUCAACACUCCCCUGCUCUCCUCUUCUCCCCGGGGAUCCAGAGACCCAUUCACCGACUCCCCUUUCAAACACAGUUUCAAAGAUUCUUCGCUGGAUGAGUCAGACCAGCAAACUGACGACAGCAGCAUUGACCAAUCGGAGCUGGUGUCUGAGCUUCUGAAGGAGCUGUCCAAUCACAACGAGCGUGUGGAGGAGAGGAAGGCGGCUCUGUGUGAGCUCCUAAAGCUGAUUCGUGAAAACACACUGCAGAUCUCUUGGGAUGAGCACUUCAAAACCAUCCUCCUGUUACUACUGGAGACACUCGGGGACAGAGAGCAUGUGAUCAGGGCUCUGGCCUUGCGUGUUUUGAGGGAGAUCCUGAGCCACCAGCCCUGGAGGUUUAAGAACUACGCUGAACUCACGAUUAUGAAAGCCCUGGAGGCCCACAAGGAUCCACACAAAGAGGUGGUACGUGCUGCAGAGGAGACGGCGGCCAUGCUAGCGUCAUCCAUCAGUCCAGACCAGUGUAUCAAGGUGUUGUGUCCCAUCAUCCAGUCAGCCGACUACCCCAUUAACCUGGCGGCCAUCAAGAUGCAGACUAAAGUUAUAGAGAGGGUUCCCCGUGAAGGACUCCACAGCAUGCUGCCAGAGAUAGUCCCUGGACUCAUUCAGGGUUAUGACAACUCUGAGAGCAGUGUGAGGAAGGCUUGUGUAUUCUGUCUGGUGGCCCUCUAUGCAGUCAUAGGAGAGGAACUAAAACCUCACCUUAACCAGCUGACUGGCAGCAAGUUGAAGUUGUUGAAUCUGUACAUCAAGCGGGCCCAGUCCGGCUCCAGUGCUGGCGAUCCCUCAGCAGACAACCUAUAGAAGACUGGUGGAUGGCCCACGGGACAGCCGUAGAACUGCACUCUCUGGAGACCUAAAACACCCACUCAUGGACACACUCUUACAUAGAUGCACAAAGUCAAACACACACUCGUGCUUACAUGAACACACUCGCAUUUGCCUAAACGAACACUCAUACGCUUGUCCGUACGCCUGCUUAAGCAUAAACAUGACGAUAUAGAGGCCCUUCCCCUUUGUCUCCAUGUCGCCUACUGCAAUGCACCAUGGGUGCGGAGGAGUGACGUGCUGUAGCCCUGCCCUCACAGAUGUUGAAGAUCCGCCCUGCUCUCUGAGGCUCGCCCCUGACCUGUAGACACGCCUUGCAUUCUGACCGCCCGUCUCACUCUGACUCAGCGCCGACAGAUUAACUUCCUGGUUUCGGUAGGAUAUGGGAGGGGCCAGAAUGGCAGCAUGAUGAAGCCCCGCCCACCAGCCGUGACGGAUGGUUUGGAAGAGGAGCGACAUGGGUUAGAGGGUCGGGUACGUGCAUUCUGCUGAGCGUGGUGCGGGUCCGUGUGUGGCCAAGGGAGAGUGAAAGGGUGGGGGUCACAUGUCUGUGGUCAGUCAGCCCACCUGCAAUCGUGGUUGACUGGAUUUUAACUCGUGAAACGACUGUAGUGGCGUCUUAGUCCCUAUGUAGGGAGAAACCUGGAGCGACAGCUACAUAGUUCCAUCAUAUUAGCUCUGGUCCAACUGGAUAUGGAGAACAGUGCAAUUUUGAACCCAGGCAUUUUGUCCCUCAAACCGGUGCUGCUUUUGCCUCCACCCCCCCCAACCCCUCCCAGCCCAAAGAGGCUGUGGGAACAUGGUACAACCUGUCCUGCACAACACUAUUGCUCAUAAGCGGGUUACAGUAGGUCAUAACUGCUCAUAGCCGCCACAUCAGCAGUUAUGCAGUGAGUGUGAGGUAAUGUGCUUGGCUAUGCAUGAUGAUUUUAACAGUAACUUUUUAUCCAGAGCCUAUUUACUGUCACAGUAGAACCCUUCUGAAUGGAGGGGGUGAAACUAAAGUUUAUGAUGUCCACCCGUUUCAGAGAUGUCCAACUUACCUUCCACUAUCUCCAGCCAUGUCUUGGAUGAGCUCAUUUCAGAGAGGGGGAGAUACUUACUUAUUUACAUUAAGUCAAAGUAUGACCAGACCUGGCUUAUUAUAAUUACCCAGUGGAUAUGAAUCUAUAUAUGAUAUUAUUAAAAUAAUAAUAUCUGAUGUUAUUUAGGAGAGUUCCAGAAGGAUAUGCGUGCUCUGACUCCUGGCCUGUUUUCUGUUGCGUGUGUCCUAGGCUCUUUCUCACGUUGGUUUCUCUCUGUGGAGAAAUGUGUAGAAAUGUAUUAUUUACUGAUCUGAGGAACUGUUGUCAGUUUCCCCCCUCCUUUCUCUCUUUGUCGUCCUCUUGUUGUCCUUUUCUCCUUGUGAGUAACUUUCUAGUUUCCACUGUGUUGUUUUCCUUUAUGCGUUUACAAAGCUGUGCUUACAAUGAAAUGAUAAAUAAAGAAAACCUGUACAGAGCAUAACG